CGGGGAUCGGCUGCGCACUGUUUUGCGAUGUGUAAUUUCCUCUCUCCAGGGGGGGAGAGGGAAGUCGAAUAUAUCAUGUAGGUACCCUUCCACGUUUGCUUCCUUGCCGCAAGCCUCUUUUUGUGCAAAAAAUGGCCCAGUUUGAAGUCGAAGCGUUUACUCUGCUGGCCAUCGCCGUCGUGGCCAUCGCCAUCCGUGUCGCUGCACGAUGGACCACCGCGGGACCCAGCAACUUCCAGCUCGACGACUAUCUCAUGCCAUUGGCUGGGGUGGUGUACGGCCUCGAGACAGGCGCUGCGUUCUGCGUCGGAGCUUGGUGGCAGGGCCUCGCCAACAACGCCAUGACAGACGAGCAGCGCGCCGCUCUCGAUCCGGCGUCGCAAGAGUAUGCCCUGCGUGUUGGCGGGUCCAAGACGCAGGUCCUCGGCUGGUCUCUGUAUACGACCCUGCUGUGGUUGUUGAAGAUCUGCAUGGCCAUCUUCUACUCGCGACUAACAGCCGGAUUAAUCAACAUGAAAGUCCGCGUCAAGGUCGCAUACGUCCUCAUCGGGGUUACCUACAUCGCCGUCAUCUGCUCCAUCCUUUUCGGCUGCCAUCCGAUGAAAAAGAACUGGCAGAUCCACCCCGACCCUGGGAAUUACUGUCAGCCUGCAGUGUCCAAGAUUGACGUCUAUGUCACGGUGAUUUUGAAUGUCGCGACGGACAUGUAUCUCAUAACCAUUCCCACUCCGAUUCUAUUUAAAGCCCGCCUCCCGCUCCGCGAGAAACUCGAACUACUGAUCCUCUUCUCCGGCGGAACAUUCGUCAUGGCUGCUGGAAUCCUGCGCUGCGUUCUCAUCCUUACUGCCGGCGCAAACGGCGCCUCCCAAGCUGGCAGCUGGGCCUGCCGCGAGACCUUCGUCGCCGUGAUCAUCGGCAACGCACCCAUGAUCUACCCGUACAUGCGGCGCGCGGCCAAAAGCGCAGGCAUAUACAUGACAACGCAGCGGUCACGCACGCGCUCAGGCCGCAGCCAGAGCUACCCACUUUCCGACGGGGGUGAGGUUAAAGUAGGGUUCAAGAGCCCCGGUGCGUCGCAGGCGUCGAAGAAGAGGAGGUUCCGGCAUCCGCUGUCGUUGCCAGAGAGCCAGUGGAGGGAUGAGACGAGCACGGGGGAUGAGGCUUAUAUGCUGGAUAUGCGUCCGCUGCCGAGGCAGAGGAGUGCCGAGGGGUUUGAGUUCCCGGCUAGGAAGCAGGAAUCGGGUGCUGGGGCUGUUGUUACGAGUGGUAGUGGUAGUGGGAGUGGGAGUUUGGAUGAAGAGUUGGUGGGGGAGAUGGGGGGGAUCAAGGUUGUGCAGGAGACCAUUAUUGAGAGGGGGUGAUAUUGUAUAUCUCUUAUGUUUGAAGUUGGACUGUUUUGAUUGUAUAUUCUUUGGUUCGUGUCUAUAUUGUCUACACUUAAUAGAACAUCGUCAGCGCUAGCCGAUCCUCCAGACAUGCCAAUCAGACCAAGACAUCCCCAGCAUGGGACACAGAUAGCUUGCUGUAGGCUUGGCUUUGGGUCUAUCACGUUUGAUUGGAUGUUGACUGGCUUAAGCAAAGUAACAUUCUGCUUUUAAAUGAGAUGUUAUCGCAUUUAGU